AUAAAUACUCACCAGAUGUCCCUUGAUGGACGCAAGUUAUAAACCCCAGCUGAAACAUAAGAGAGAGCAUCAGCUUGUAGCUUUACACCAAAAGCCUCCUUAGUUAUGGACGUCUUGGUCCUAUUUUUCGGUCUCAUUUUUGUAUGGGGUUUGUUCGAAGUUCUUUCUUUCGUCAGAAAGAAGAGCAAAACGACUCUUUCAAACCUCCCUCCUGGUCCGCCGCCGCUUCCGGUCGUCGGUAACCUCCUAAGCCUUGGCUCUCAACCUCACAAGUCCCUUGCCGGGCUCUCCCGCACUUAUGGCCCCAUCAUCAAGCUUCAAUUUGGUCAUGUAACCACAAUUGUUGUUUCGUCUCCAGCAAUCGCAAGAGAGAUCCUCCAAACCCACGACGCGAUCUUCUCCAACCGCACAGUCCCCGACUCCGUCACUGCCUUGAGGCAAGACGAGCUCGGCUUGCCUUGGGUCCCCGUCUCACCUCUCUGGAGGAACCUUAGAAAGAUAUGCAAUUUGCACAUCUUCUCUCACAAGAAGCUCGAGUCCAAUCAACACAUCCGCCACGAGAAAGUUCAAGAGCUUGUCGGCUACAUCAAGAGAAGCCUUUCUACGGGUGAUGCUGUCGAUAUUGGCGAAGUGGCUUUCAAAACUGUAGUCAAUCUAUUGUCGAAGACCAUGUUGUCCGAGGAUUUGGCAGACCCGUCCGGUUCGGCGAGAGACUUCAAGGACCUUGUUUGGUGCAUCAUGGUCGAGGCCGGAAACCCAAACCUGGCGGAUUAUUUCCCCGUGCUUAAGAAGAUCGACCCACAAGGCUCGAGGCAGCGUAUGACGGUCUAUUUCACGAAGAUUUUCGAGCUCUUCGACAGCUUGAUCGAGAAGAGGUUGCGAGAAAGGGCAACGGUUGGUUCUAUUAGAAAGAACGAUGUGUUAGACACACUGCUUGAUGCGAGAGAAGACAAGAGCCAGGACGUGGACAUUUUCCUCAUCAAGCACUUUCUCUUGGACUUAUUUGUUGCGGGAACAGACACUACUUCGAGCACAAUAGAAUGGGCAUUGUCCGAGCUACUCCACAAUCCCGAGAAGCUCUCUAGAGCGCAAGCCGAGCUCAAUCGAGUCAUCGGCAAAGGGAAACCCAUAGAAGAAUCUGAAAUCGCUCAUAUGCCCUACUUACAAGCCAUCAUAAAAGAGACUCUCCGGAUGCACCCCCCAGUUCCUCUCUAUCUUCCUCGCAAAUCAGGAUUGGAAACCGAGAUUGGCGGUUUCACCGUCCCAAAAGGUGCACAAGUUCUUGUGAAUGUGUGGGCUAUAGGAAGAGACCCUAGCAUUUGGAAAGACCCGGACGUGUUCAUGCCGGAGCGAUUUCUAGGGUCCGAAAUCGAUGUGAAGGGACAAGAUUUUGAGCUCGCUCCGUUCGGUGCCGGGAGGCGCAUAUGUCCCGGCUUGCCGUUGGCCAUGAGGAUUUUGCAUUGGAUGCUCGGUUCGCUCAUAAACUCAUUCAAUUGGGAGCUCGAAGGCGGGGUCAAACCCGAGGACAUGAGCAUGGAAGAGAAGUUUGGGAUCACCUUGCAAAGAGCUCAACCUCUCAGAGUUAUUCCCAAGCCAAUAAAGGGUAUGAGCCAGAUCAAAGUCAAGUCCUAGUUGUUGAUGAUAGGAACAACGUAUAGACCUACAUGCCUAAAAUGUUCGUGUACUUUAGAAAUAUUAUCACUCCAUUCCGAAGGUCGAAAACUUUCAUUAUUACUACCCUAAAUUUCCAAUUCGCUUUCAGUUGGAGGCUUAUCACCAGUGAAGAUCCUUUAUCCUUGUAUUGUGUCUCCAUUUGCGUCCCAACAAUCUCGACCAUCAAAUUAAUGCAUUUAGUGACAAGUUUUUAUCA